GCUCAUUUUCCAUCCUGCUCCAUCGCCCCCUGUUGCAGCACCACCUUCACCGCCGCCGCCGCCAAGAGCAGACUCCAACCCUUCCUUCCUUUAAUGGGAAAAGCAAAACCCAAAACCAUCCCCAACAGGGCGGAUGCCUCGCUGCCGUCUUCUCCAACCUCGGCUAGAACUCCAUGGAGACCACCUCUCGCAACCGCCUCGUUCUUUUGUCCCUUGCCGAAACCUCGAUGCUGAUGUACGGGUUUGGAUACCCCUCCUCACGUUCUUCUCGUCCUCGUUCCUCUUCUUCUAUGUCUUCUCUUGUUUUAUGUCAGUGAGAGAGAAGGAGAGAUGGCUAAUCGGUGACCGAUCUUGGCCAAGCAUCAAUCGAUCGAAAGAGAAGAAAUUGAGCUUCUCUAGACGGCGUUAAGGGGUUGGAAUGAAGAAAUUGAGACAACGUCAUCGAGGAGUGUAGCUUGGAAUCCGCAGAGAAGUUUGAUUGUUAAAGGAGAGUGUAGAAACGACCGUCGAUUUGCUUUCCCCUUUUCUCUCUUCCGCGAACACUCAAAAUUUCAGGUCUUAUCUCCCAUAUCGAACUCCCUUCAUGAUCGAUCCCUUGAUGGCGAUUCCAAAAGGAGAGAGAGAAAAGUGUUUACACCAAUAGAAAAAGGUAGUGGGAGAAAGACGGUUUCUUAUUACUCGGGGAGGCAUUUGUACAUUAAUCCCCCCUAAACACUCUGCAAUGUCAGCCUCCUAAAUUCACUCUGGGGCAGGAAAAUUUGAAUGGGGUCUGCAGUUUUACUUUUUCACUAUAAAUGAUACUGUAGAGUUGCAUUGACUAAAAGAACCCCACAUAAUACUGAUACUGUCAUUCAAAAGGUUUGAUUGAGAUUGGGCCUGAAGCUAAGAGUCAAAACUAAAAAAAUUGGUACUUGAUAACUUUAGGAUCAAGCCCUAACCUUCUGGGCCCUUACCAUAAGCCCAUCUGCGUGGAACUAGUGAAAAGAGAAGUAAUUUGGAGAACAAAAUUAAAAAACAAAAUCGAGUUGGCGCUUCAGUGUCAUUCGGCCGCCGAUUGCCCUCCUUUCUCCUGCUUCCUUCUCCUCCGGCUGCCGGCUGCCAUUCAUACAGUGUUGCAGAGACUGCCGCUUUGGUUUCAUGACCGUCCUGGAAAAUCAACCAUCUGCGGUCAGUUCUUCGCAUAUGAAUUUCUUCAUUCUCUAGUUUUCUUUCAAAGGUAUUUCAUAUAGCACCGGAACUUCGUUGCCCUAGUCCUUUUUGAGCGACCCCGAUACAAAUUAUUAUGGCCGCUUUUAGAUUGAUUAGUAGAAUUCUGAAUCGGAGAACCGUUGUAGCGUUGAGCUCUCCGGCCGCGCAGCUCGCUGGGAUUUCUGUGCUAAAUUCAUUACAUGGAUUCAGAAGCUUCACUUCUCAGAUUGCACCGCAAGAAGGGGAAGAUGGGCAUUCCUUUCCAGCCUCUUAUCUAAUGAGCUCACAUGGGUUCUCACCAGACAGAGCUAAAGUUUCAUCCAAGUUUCUGAAAUUUCGGACGACCGAGAAACCAGAUGCAGUUGUUGAUCUGCUGAGAAGUCAUGGAUUCUCCGGUACCCAAAUCGCCAGAUGCAUCAAAUAUUACCCAGUUCUACUUGAGCUGGAUCCAGAGAGAGUACUUCGUCCCAAGCUCGACUUCCUUCUCUCCGUUGGGAUUUCUCGCCCCGAGCUGAUAAAGGUCGUCUCGUCCAAUCCUUAUUUACUGAUUAUGAGCUUAGAGAAAUGCCUGAUUCCUCGCUAUAAUCUUCUCAAGGAUGUCCUGGUUGAUGACAGGACAAUUGCGAGUGUCCUGAAGCGCAAUUACGGGGGCUUUGCUAGCCGUAAAGAUUCCAAUUUAGUGCCCAACAUAGCACUUCUUAGGAAGCUUGGAGUUGGUGAGAAUCGCAUCACUUACCUGGUCUCUCACUGCCCUAUUGUGCUUUUCAGGCCUCACUCUAAUUUUGCUGAGAUUGUUGAGCUUGCCAUGCAUUUCGGAUUUCAUCCAUCGACAUUCAACUUUGUGGCUGCAAUUAAAGCGAUUUCAAGCAUGACGAAGACAAGUUGGGAGAACAAAUUACAGGUUUAUGGGAAAUGGGGGUGGGCAAAAGAGUUGACCUUGUCGGCUUUCAAGAUGUACCCAAACUGCAUGUGUGCUUCAGAGGAGAAGAUCAUGCAGAUAAUGGAGUUCCUUGUGAACGAACUCGGCUGGGAAUCAGAGGCUGCUGCUAGGUGGCCAUGUAUCUUCGGGUUUAGCUUCGAGAAGAGGGUUGUUCCUAGGUGUUCGGUUGUGCAACUCUUGCGGCUAAGAGGGUUCAUAGAUGAUAUUCCUGGGUUCGGUAGUUUCCUGUACUGUGCAGAGGACAGGUUUAAGGUUAACUUUGUUGCCAACUAUCCUGAUGAUAUUAAGGCUCAGUUGUUGGAUGUGUAUGAACGCCGAGUGAAGGUCGUUGAUUUUCGGACUAUGGCUGUUGAAGAGAUUAAAGCAAGAUCCUAGUCGGACCUUUUCAACCAUGUUCUUGAUUUUGACAGAUGCUUGAGAACAACAUGUUGUAUCCUUAUCGGUACGUUUCUGUAACUUCUUCAUUGUUAGGUUCGAUAUUCGUGGAGGGUUUCAGGUUAAACUGUGCAGGGCUUGCAAUCUGUCGCUUUUGUAUAUAUGCCGUGAAAAUAUUUUCUUCCACAGCUUCAUCAUUCAAACUUUUGAAUCAAGUGUCAUCAGCUCGAUUUCUGUAACCAUUUUAAUAGCGUCUUCUUAGAUGUCAUAGUUCGUCUGUUCGUUCAAUCACUUAUGUGUCCUCAAAGUUGUCAAGGACGCUUCGUAGUUAACUGGAUUGUUAUUGUUCUUGGCAGAUCACAGUGGCUGAGCUCAAGUUUGAUUGAAUUCUGUGUGAGCACCCUGUCAAAUUUCAACGUACAUUUCAAUACCAUAGCAGGAUUACCUCAUUGUUGUUCUUAUUUGUGAUUUCUUUCACAUAACACUGAACACUUCAUGAAAAAUAGGAAGUAGUGCAUGUUUGGUACCAGUAGUUAAUCGAUACAAAUUUAGACAAUCAGUAGUUGAGCAGAAAAGGAACAUGAAGGAAUUUAUCCUAAUUUAUGUUACCAAUGAAUAUUACUAUUCGUCUUUUGUCUUUGAGAUUGUACCUCUUGUUUCCAGAUCUCAUGAUGUUUCUCCCUUUUUGUACUGAAUUUUUCUGAAGUGCAAUAUAAGCUACCUCUUUGUCAAAAAAAAAAAAUCUUGACUGAUGUAAUCCAGUUAUGACUUUUUUCAGAACAGUCCAAUCGAAGAGUAUUCCAAUAGUUUAGAGGUCUGGUUUUGACUUUUGAUCGGACCCAAUUGAACCAAUCUACUGAAUACAAGUUUUCGUAUUUGAUUGUUCCAUCUGCCUUUUCAAUGCAAAACAACGAACCAUAAAUAAAAACUAGCUUUUACCCGACCCGUUGGUCGGAUGUAUUUUAUUUUUUUACUAAUCUUAAAUGAUCGAUGCUUUGCAAUGAUUAAGGAUUGUCGAAGUAGUUUAUAAAUGAUUUGAAAGUUAUUGUGUUAUUAGUUGUUUGUGUCAUUAGCGGUAGUUAAUUCAUAGAUAUUUUUGUUGAUUAGGUACCCUAACUAUGAUGAAUCUCGCCUUGCUCAAACCUUAACUGGUUUUGUGGUAUGAUGGAAGUGAAAAUCUUGCAUAGGAGCAUAUUAGUAAUUUAUAAAUUGCCAGCGAAGACACUACUCGCAAUGAGAGUUUGUUGUCGAACACUUUUAUGCAAGUAUUUCAUAUGUUGUAUUUGAUUUUUAUAUUUUAGAAGAAAAUUUUUCACUUUUUAUUGUCAGCUUAAAUUACUGAAAAUAUUUCUUCAUAAAAUUCAGAAUUAUCAACUUGCAUUUAUAUAUUUUUUUCUAACAAAAUUAAAAUAUUUAUUCACUAAAGUAACAAUUAGAAAUCAAAAGGAUGGCCUAAUGGUAAUCUGGAAGGAAAAAAUUAAUCACAUGCUAGGUUCAAACUUUGUGGUAAAAAAUCAUCUAAAAUUAUUAUAAUUAAGAAAGUACAAAUGACAAUUGAUUAGUAACUAAUAUCUUUGUCAAAAAAUAAUUGUAGUCCUAAAAGUUUCAUUUAACUCAGGAGGAUAGUUCAAGACUAUUAUAAUGACAAAAAUGGAAGAUCUUCUACACAUUUAUUUAUAUUUUUAUUAGAUAAACCACGACGUGUCUCAAACAUAAGAUUACUUGUUGCAAAACAUUAGGAAUAACACAUGCACAGCCUCAACAGUGAUUCAACAUCAUAUUCCAUAGGAGAUACAAAACCAUCAUAUAGUUCAAGGAUGACACUCAAAAUAAAGUUUGUCAAACACA